GCCUGCGUCCGCACGGCUCGGCGGUGAGAGUGGGCGCGGGUCAGGGAGGCGCCCGGCCGAGCACCGGAGAAGGAGCGAUCUGGGGGAGCUGCUGGGGCUCCAGCUUCCCGAGAGGGGCGAUCCUUUCUUAUCUCUUUAUUUUCCCGGUGCGCGGCCUCCAGGAAGCGCGAUGUCGAAGCCGCCUCCCAAACCAGUCAAACCAGGACAAGUCAAAGUCUUCAGGGCUCUGUAUACCUUUGAACCCAGAACUCCAGAUGAAUUGUACUUUGAAGAAGGUGAUAUUAUCUACAUUACUGACAUGAGUGAUACCAAUUGGUGGAAAGGGACUUGCAAAGGCAGGACGGGACUCAUUCCAAGCAAUUACGUGGCUGAGCAGGCAGAAUCCAUUGACAAUCCACUGCAUGAAGCUGCCAAAAGAGGCAACCUGAGCUGGCUGAGAGAGUGCUUGGACAACCGAGUGGGCGUGAACGGCUUAGACAAAGCUGGGAGCACAGCCUUGUACUGGGCUUGCCACGGGGGUCACAAAGAUGUGGUGGAAGUUCUGUUUACUCAGUCCAAUAUUGAACUGAACCAGCAGAACAAGCUGGGGGACACGGCUUUGCAUGCUGCCGCCUGGAAGGGCUAUGCCGACAUUGUCCAGUUGCUUCUGGCAAAAGGUGCCAGGACAGACUUGAGAAACAAUGAGAAGAAGCUGGCCCUGGACAUGGCCACGAAUGCGGCCUGUGCGUCUCUCCUGAAAAAGAAGCAGGGAACAGAUGCAGUUCGAACAUUAAGCAAUGCUGAGGACUACCUUGAUGAUGAAGACUCAGAUUAACUCCCUGCUGGAGCUUUGACAUCUAGAACUUCUUUUGCUUUUGCCAUUCCAAAACUUAGUUUUUGCCGGAAGAGUAUUGAUAACUGUAAAAACAAAAGUGUCUAUAUAGACAUGGCAGUAUUGCACUGUGAAUAGGACCUGUAAGUGGAUGUCUCACCUUUGUUUUGCCAAUAAGUGAUGGAAAACUUUGCUUUGUAAAAUACAUUUAUAUUCACCAGAGUAGAACAAGAAGAGAUUAUUUCUAUUUAUCAAGCUAAAGGAAUUUUAAGAAUAUUUUGCCUUAAAAAAAUCAGGAUCUCUCUCUCUCUCUCUCUCUUUUUUCUUUCUGUUUCAUUCAAGUUCUUUACCUCAAGGAUUGGGAUCUCUUGAAUGGAUUUUUAAAAGGGGGGAUGCUUGUUAUAAUAACAGACCAAAAUACUUAAUAGAAAAUUGUCAGCUGUUCUGACAGAAAUAAACAUUUUAAGAGACUUUA